UCAUAGCUCUUCUAACAAAACAAGCCCGCAAACAUCUUCUACGCACACACACUCUCUCUCUCUCUGAUCAGAUCAAACCAGAUCAGAUCAGAUCUGCUACUGCUACUUAUUUCCAUCCUAUAUCUGAAUCUGAAUCUGAAUCAUGUCACAAUACGUUAAAAAAGACGAUGAUCGCGACGAAGACGCAGAGUACUCGCCCUUUCUCGGAAUCGAGAAAGGAGCUGUACUUCAAGAAGCUCGGGUGUUUAACGUUCCUCAGUUGGAUUCAAGGAGGUGUUCCCAGGUUAUUACAAAGCUGCUUUAUCUUCUAAAUCAAGGAGAAACUUUUACCAAGGUCGAAGCCACAGAAGUUUUCUUUUCCGUGACAAAACUAUUUCAGUCUAAAGAUAUUGGUUUAAGGAGAAUGGUUUAUUUGAUUAUAAAGGAGCUUUCUCCCUCAUCGGACGAGGUUAUUAUUGUCACAAGCUCUCUCAUGAAAGACAUGAAUAGCAAGACAGACGUCUAUAGAGCAAAUGCAAUACGUGUUCUCUGCCGCAUAACAGAUGGAACACUCCUUACUCAAAUAGAGAGGUACUUGAAACAAGCUAUUGUCGACAAAAAUCCUGUAGUUGCCAGUGCAGCUCUUGUUAGUGGUAUCCACUUGCUCCAGACAAAUCCGGAGAUCGUGAGAAGAUGGAGCAAUGAAGUACAAGAAGCUGUUCAGUCAAGAGCUGCACUCGUGCAGUUUCAUGCACUUGCGCUGCUCCACCAGAUACGUCAAAAUGAUAGAUUGGCUGUCAGCAAAUUAGUUACCAGCUUGACAAGGGGCACAGUUCGUUCACCUUUGGCUCAAUGCCUGUUGAUUCGUUACACCAGUCAGGUUAUUAGAGAGUCCAGCGCGAACAGUGGGGAGCGCCCAUUUUAUGACUUUUUGGAGGGUUGCCUUCGCCACAAAGCAGAAAUGGUUAUAUUGGAAGCAGCUAGAGCCAUAACAGAGUUGAAUGAUGUUUCUGGCCGAGAACUGACUCCUGCGAUUACCGUUCUACAACUCUUUCUAAGUUCAUCUAAGCCAGUACUUCGGUUUGCUGCUGUCCGCACAUUAAACAAGGUGGCAAUGACCCAUCCAAUGGCUGUAACUAACUGUAAUAUUGAUAUGGAGAGCUUGAUUUCAGAUCAAAAUAGAAGCAUUGCUACCCUUGCCAUUACUACACUGCUGAAAACAGGCAAUGAAUCAGGGGUUGAUCGUUUAAUGAAGCAAAUUACCAACUUCAUGUCUGACAUAGCAGAUGAGUUCAAAAUUGUUGUGGUAGAUGCUAUCAGAUCCUUAUGUUUGAAGUUCCCACUCAAGUACAGAACAUUGAUGAACUUCUUAAGCAAUAUUCUAAGGGAAGAAGGUGGAUUUGAGUACAAAAAAGCAAUUGUUGAUUCAAUUGUGAUUCUCAUACGCGAUAUUCCGGACGCAAAAGAGAGCGGGCUUCUUCACUUGUGUGAAUUUAUUGAGGAUUGUGAAUUUACAUAUCUUUCAACACAGAUUCUCCAUUUUCUUGGUGUUGAGGGUCCAAAGACCUCUGAUCCGAGCAAAUACAUAAGGUAUAUAUAUAACCGGGUCAUCCUUGAGAAUGCAACUGUUCGAGCCAGUGCAGUAAGCACAUUGGCAAAGUUUGGUGCCAUGGUUGAUUCUUUAAAGCCCCGUAUAUUCGUUCUUUUGAGGCGGUGCCUGUAUGAUAAUGACGAUGAGGUUCGUGAUAGGGCUACUCUGUAUUUAAACACUCUUGGAGGAGAUGGUUCAGUUGUUGAAACUGAUAAAGCUGUGAAAGACUUUCUAUUUGGAUCCCUGGAUAUCCCAUUGGUCAAUCUAGAGACUAGCCUGAAGAACUAUGAACCUACAGAAGAACCAUUUAAUAUUAAUAAUGUACCUAGAGAAGUCAAGUCUCAGCCACUUGCAGAGAAAAAAACUGCUGGUAAAAAGCCCACUGCUCUCAGCGCACCUCCAGCCGCACCCACUUCCACAGUUGAUGCAUAUGAGAGGCUCCUAUCAUCUAUUCCAGAGUUUUCUACGUUUGGACAGCUUUUCAAGUCCUCUGUACCAGUAGAGCUCACUGAAGCUGAAACAGAAUAUGCAGUUAAUGUUGUGAAGCACAUAUUUGACAAGCACGUUGUCUUCCAGUACAACUGUACAAAUACGAUUCCUGAGCAGUUACUAGAGAAUGUGGUGGUUGUUGUGGAUGCUUCAGAGGCAGAAGAGUUUGCUGAGGUGGCAACGAAGCCAUUGAAUGCCCUACCAUAUGACACACCCGGUCAAACAUUUGUGGCAUUUGAGAAACCGGAAGGGGUCCCAGCUAUUGGCAGAUUCUCUAAUGUUUUGAAGUUCCUUGUUAAAGAGGUUGAUCCUUCUACUGGUGAGGCCGAGGAAGAUGGUGUGGAAGAUGAGUAUCAACUGGAGGACUCUGAGAUAGUCGCAGCUGAUUAUAUGCUUAAGGUUGGUGUGUCCAAUUUCAAAAAUGCAUGGGAAAGCUUGGGCCCGGAAUUUGAGCGAGUUGAUGAGUAUGGGCUUGGUCCAAGAGAAAGUUUAAAUGAAGCUGUUAAUGCUGUUAUCAAUCUUCUUGGCAUGCAACCUUGUGAGGGCACUGAGGUGGUUGCAGCCAACUCAAGAUCACACACAUGCUUAUUGUCAGGAGUAUACAUAGGCAACACAAAGGUGCUGGUCCGCCUAUCAUUUGGAGUUGAUAGUUCCAAAGAAGUGGCAAUGAAACUCGCUGUUAGAUCUGAAGAUGAGUCUGUGAGCGAUGCAAUUCAUGAGAUAGUAGCCAACUAGUCCAAUUUAUAUACCAUUUUACAGUGUUCUAAUUUUUCUUUUUAUUUUGUUCAUCUAUUUGCUUUUGCAUUUAUAUGACGACACAACUUAGAAGUUGCUUAUUGAGGAGAUCUAAAAGUGUUUUUUGUGUCAUGUAAACACAUUUUUGGAGAGUGGUUUCUUCUGGUAUUAAAAAUAACAAGUUAUUUGCAUCCUGAA